GUGAGCUUUGCAAAGUGGCACCUCUUGUCGCACUGCCUGGUGAGGAAGACGAGCACGGGGCGACAGGCCCCUCUGAUUUGGGCGAUUGGUCCGAGUGCUUGGCACUGCUUCUGCCACGCAUGGGAGACGGCUCCAAGGCAGUGGCAGCUGCUAGCCUGGAUGCGGCGCAGCAACUCCUGGCAAGAUGUCCCUUUAUGCAAGGUGUUCGAAUAGGCGUGGCGGAGGAGUAUCUGAAGCUCCCGGAGGACGUCUCCGCAAUCUUUGACGAGGAACAGCCAGGCCUUGUCACCGAGACCAUCGAAUUGCGUGGGGAUCCUGCCAGAGACCAAGUCGCGCGGAGGUGGGGCAUGUACUUGAACCGACUGCACGGCAUACCUUCAGCAGGGCCACUGAUAUCUGGGACCCAGCAACCCAUAGAUUACGACUUGCCAGCUGGGAAGUUCGCGACUUUUGCCGAGGUGCCCCCUUCUCAGCAACUCGUUGGAGCCCUUGUGUCCCGUUUGCCGGCUUCCGCCAUGCCAACGAUGGUGAAGCUGGCACAUUUUUGGUUCAGGGAAGCUUUGGAGAGUUUUACUGUGGGACCAUGCAGAGAGCAGGUGCAACAUCUGAUGCCCUCGAUGUACGAUGCUGGCCCCUGA